AGUUUGCUUCUUUUUUUAUUUCCAGUGCCAAUUGUAUGAUAUGGCCUCUUUUUACCCACUCCGUUCUUUUGCCAACCACUUAAUGUCUGGCACGAGAAUAAUGGAGUCGGCAACGAGCCGGUCUUCGAUUCACCAUGGCUCAAGCAAAACAAAAAGAUCCCGGAAACCCGUCAAGCCCAAUGUACGCACGGUCCUUGUCAAGACGACAACAAACGAAUUCUCGGAUAUUUUAACCGCUACAUUAUCAGACAAGCAGUCAACCGAUGUCGCUCCCAGCUUGCAAUUACACACGCACGGCAAGAAAGAUGCGGCAUGCAACAGUCCCCGCUAUAUAGGACCAACGAAUCAAUCAUUGCAGUUCGAUACACUUGAUUCUCAAUUCCUUCAAACGUAUAAUCCAGGAGAGGAGAUCGGCAAAGGAGGCUACGGAUUCGUGAUAUCAGCAGUGCACCGCGUGACAGGGCAGCCAGUGGCUGUGAAGUUUAUCAGAAAAGUCAAGAUCCCAUUGAAUGCAUGGGUACGAGAUGCCGAACUAGGCCCGAUCCCGAUGGAAAUCUUCAUCUUGCGACGGAUAAAGCAUCCGCAUAUGGUCGGUUACAUCGAUUUCUUUGAGGAUGCGCAUUAUUUUUAUCUUGUCAUGGAACUGCAUGGAACCUCAUGGCACGAUUCCGGCCAUAUUCCUGAUAAAUCAUUACUUCUGCCCAUCGAGACUGGUGCUCAAAGUGCAAAAGUGGAGUCCCUUCCGGUCAGGCGGAAAUCAUCUGAUCUAUUCGAAUGUAUCGAGCUACACGGGCGAUUCGACGAAGCGAUAGCAAAGCAUAUAUUUAUUCAAUUGAUUCAAUGCGUUUACCAUCUUCGACAACACGGGUUUUACCAUCGGGAUAUCAAGGACGAAAACAUUGUCAUUGACGAAUCAUUCAAUGUCAAAUUGAUCGAUUUCGGGUCAGCUAUCCGUGUACCUUUAAAAUCACAACGCAAAUGCUGGCUCCAUCAUUUUCAUGGCACGGUGACCUUUGCCGCUCCGGAAAUUCUACGUGGCGCUAUCUAUGAACCGGAACCAGCCGAAGUGUGGUCAUUGGGCGUCCUUCUACAUACAAUGCUUGAGGGUCAGAUACCUUAUCGAGAUUCAAACCAAGUCCUGAGUGCGCGUCCUAAAAUCUCGGCGGCCCCCAUCUCCGACGCUUGUUCUGAUCUCCUGGAUGGUAUGCUCAGGAAAAAUCCUAUCAGAAGAUUGACGCUCGAUCAGAUAAGAAAACAUGCGUGGCUUCGGUCGGACCCCUACUGUAAGGAACGUAUCGCCUAAAAAACCGGAAGCCAAUAAUCAUUACAUACAUUUGCUCUGGCGAUGUAUCCCACUUUCUGCAAAAAGUCAAGUUGAAUUAGGCAUAAGAAUUUUAGCUCACACCAAAUGCUGUAUUCGGUAACGCAUAUAGCUUGUUUCCAGUUUACAUGUCAAAAACAUCACCGAGUGCUCACCGAGUGUUUUUUAUAAAUUAAAAAUGCCAGAAGCUGAUGAAGCUUUGUUAUUGUCUUGUUUCGAUCAACCAUAAUUAAAAG